CAAGGAAGAGAGAGAGGUGCCUUCCCCACCAGGCAUCCCAGCCAGGGCCUGACUGGAAGGCUGGGAAGUCCCGGGCUUGCACGACCCGGAAGGCAGAAGGCUUGAGGACAUCCCAACGAUCCUGGGUGAUCAGCAGACAGAGCUCACUCCUCUCCUACCACCCUGAUCCCAGCAGAAGCACCAUGCCUGGACUCCCCAAAUUUCACCCAAACCCCAGCUCCACCCACAGUGUGAGCCCCUACCCUGCAUGGUCAGUGGCCUGGGCCUUCCUACAGAAGACUGUGGUCAUCCUGUGGCUGCUGCUGGCCUGCCUCCCCUUGCCUCCCACUUGGGCUCAGACCAAGAUUCCUCUGGAAACAGUGAAGCUGUGGGCAGAUACCUUCGGCCAGGACCUGUACAACACUGUGACCAAAUACUCAGGCUCCCUCUUGCUGCAGAAGAAAUACAAGGAUGUGGAGUCCAGUCUGAAGAUCAAGGAGGUGGACGGCUUGGCACUGGUGAGGAAGUUCUCAGAGGACAUGGAGAACAUGCUGCGGAGCAAAGUGGAGGCUGUCAAGAGGCUGGUGGAGGCCGCUGAGGAGGCUGACCUGAACCAUGAAUUCAACGCCUCUCUGGUGUUUGACUAUUACAACUCCGUGCUGAUCAACGAGAGGGACGAGAAUGGCAACUUUGUGGAGCUGGGAGCUGAGUUUGUCCUGGAGUCCAACGCACACUUCAGCAACCUGAUGGUGAACACCUCCAUCAGCAGUGUGCAGCUGCCCACCAACGUGUACAACAAAGACCCUGAUAUUUUAAACGGAGUCUUCAUGUCUGAAGCCUUGAACACUGUUUUUGUGGAGAACUUCCAGAGAGACCCAACAUUGACCUGGCAAUAUUUUGGCAGCUCAACUGGAUUCUUCAGGAUCUAUCCAGGUAUAAAAUGGGCACCUGAUGAGAAUGGAGUCAUUGCCUUUGACUGCCGAAAUCGUGGCUGGUACAUACAGGCUGCUACUUCUCCCAAGGACAUAGUGAUUGUAGUGGACGUGAGCGGCAGCAUGAAGGGGCUGAGGAUGGCUAUUGCCAAACAUACCAUCUCCACCAUCUUGGACACCCUGGGAGAGAAUGAUUUCGUUAACAUCAUUGCGUACAACGAAUAUGUUCAUUACAUUGAGCCUUGCUUUAAAGGGAUCCUCGUCCAAGCAGAUCGAGACAACCGAGAGCAUUUCAAACAGCUGGUGGAAGAGCUGAUGGUCAGAGGUGUAGGGAUUGUGAACCAAGCCCUGAGUGAAGCCUUCCAAAUCCUCAAGCAGUUCCAGGAGGCCAGGCAAGGAAGCCUCUGUAACCAGGCCAUCAUGUUGAUCACCGAUGGUGCCGUGGAGGACUAUGAGCCAGUAUUUGAGAAGUAUAAUUGGCCGGAUCGCAAGGUCCGAGUUUUCACCUACCUCAUUGGGAGAGAAGUGACUUUUGCUGACUGCAUGAAGUGGAUCGCGUGCAACAACAAAGGCUACUAUACGCAGAUCUCCACACUGGCAGACGCCCAGGAGAACGUGAUGGAGUACCUGCAUGUGCUCAGCCGCCCCAUGGUCAUCAACCACGACCACGACAUCACCUGGACAGAAGCUUACCUGGACAGCCAGCUCUUCACCUCGCAGGCACAGAGCUUGAUGCUCCUGACUACUGUGGCCAUGCCUGUCUUCAGCAAAAAGAACGAAACGCGAUCUCAUGGCAUUCUCCUGGGUGUGGUGGGCUCUGAUGUAGCCCUGCGAGAGCUGAUGAAGCUGGCACCUAAGUACAAGGUGGGCUUGGUCCAAUGAUCCGACAUAAACAACAGGUCUAAUGCGCCUCAAUCCCUGUCUCUGGCAGCUAGGAGUGCACGGAUAUGCCUUUUUGAACACUAACAAUGGCUACAUCCUCUCCCAUCCUGACCUCCGGCCCUUGUACAGAGAGGGGAAGAAACUGAAGCCCAAACCUAACUACAACAGCGUGGAUCUCUCCGAAGUGGAGUGGGAAGACCAAGCUGAAAUCCUGAGAACAGCCAUGAUCAAUGGGGAAACUGGCUCUCUGUCUAUGAACGUGAAGGUGCCACUGGACAAAGGGGUAAGGUACUAGAGAGAGCCUGGGUCUGGUUCUCGGAAGGCAGCAUCUCAGUUUAUAGAAGUUUUGGGUGGUGACAAGGGACUUGGACUUAGUCGAAUUAAAACUUAGGAUUUGAUUAAAGGGCAUAUUCCAGGGAGCCUCAGAAACACCUGGCCAAGGGGCUACAUGACUGCUCGCAUCAAUGCCUGGUUCUUUGGAGGCUGCUGAGUUAGCCAUUAGGUUAACCCAAGCCAUUUCCAACUCUUCUUUCUUCCUUAUGAUGCCUGCCCUUUGAACCUUUUGUUGUUUAUGAUGGAAAAGGAGAAAGUGACCUCCAAUUUUGCAAAUUGUUAGUAGAUCUCAUAAAACACGUUGUAUGGGAAGAGGUUGAAAAUAAUCAGUAUUCCCUAUAGCUGAUUUCAUCUGCUGUGACCACAGAUAGGCAGUAAUCAACACCCUCAUUGAUAUAAUUACUGUCUUUAUAGAUCUGUACAUCAUUUUUAAAAGAUCACUUCUUCUUCUCACUUACAAGAUUCCAGUGCAUCUAUGGAAUUUUCAUUGUCCCUUGACAUGUUUACAAAUGUCACCUCCUCCCUC